AUGACAGUGGCAGCAGUGACAACAGCGACAACAGCGACAGUUGAACAAAACAAAUUGAACGACAUUGAAACGCAUGCGCGUGCUGAAUACACGUACAGCGAUGCCACCUCCAUAACUCUCAAUGGUGCUGACAGAGGCGCUGACGUUGGAGCUGAGUCUCGUGUUCGCUUUGGUACAGGAGCGGAAGUGGAAACGAAAUGUGAGCGCGCGCAAGUCGAGCGUGAGAGCGUGAGCGUGAGCGCAAUCGCAGGUCGUGCAACGGCCGUUGGCCAAAGCCAACCACCCAAUGUGACAACAACAACAACACCAACAGCAUUGACGUCGCUGCUAAACACAAGCAGCAGAAACAGAAACAGCAGCAGCAGCGGCAGCAGCGCCUGCUUAAUACCUACAAUUGCUGGCAAGGACGAGUACGAUAAUUCACAACGUAGAGAAAAAUUUGUGCAAAAAGGUAUUGAAAAAAGCGUUGCUGCUACUACUACUUUGAAAAAUGUCUCGUCUUGUGGUCGGCGCGUGCUAACAAAUUUUUUUUCAAAUUGUGAAAAUGUGGCCAAUGGUGUUGAAUUGAAUGCAGCAGUAAGUGCAGUAUUAGAUUGUUCCAGCAAAGUAGAAGCAGAAGUAGAGGCAGCUGAGGCAAGCAAGGAGCAGCAACAGCAGCACCAGCACCAGCACCAGCACCAGGAGUUGGCAAACGUUGGAGAAUUAAAAGAGAAGGAGAACGACAAGGAGCAGGAGCAGGAGCGGGAGCAGCCAUUGUCAUUGCCAUAUUUCAAGUUAGACCCUGCUGCUGGUAUUGAUAAUGUCGUUGAUGUUGUUGUUGCCCUGCCAAAACGCGUGCCUCUUGUUGUUGCUGACAGUUACGUGGAUUACGUGAAAAACGUUGGCACAGACAACAAAGAAAGCAAGGCGCAAGGAAAUUCUAGCAGCAGCAGCAGCAGCAGCAACUGCAAAAAUUGGGAACGGCCCCUCGUCACGAGACAAGUGGAACACGAACAACGAAAUGCCAACAACACGCAUAAUCAUGCGCUAAUUGACAACGAAUCUAGUGCUGGUGGAAUACCAACAACAACAACAACAACAACAGCAUAUACCAAUCAAUCUGAGCAGCGUGCAAAAAGUAGCGAGACCCUGCCAGGAUCAAGCUUAGCAGCCUUAUCAAGUAAUGAGUGUGCAGAGUAUGUAGCGAGUCAACGAAACAACGAGUACGAGCACUUGACCGACCAGCGUGUAGCGCCAGUUGUCCCGAGUGCUAGUCCUUUUUUGGAUCUUGCACAGCAAUCGCUGGGGAAUCGCUGUGAGGUACGGACGAGUGUGCGGGACGUUUAUGAUUUUGAAAAGUUAGUUGGCAAUAUAACAACAGCAACAAGUAACGAGUGUGCUGCAUUGUUAGCAACGAGUGCUGUUAGUGAGUGGGCAACAACAACACCAACAGCAACGACAGCAACAACAAAUUUAGCUAAUGACUGCGAUCUAAUUGAUUUUGAAAACGAUUUAAGCGCCAAAGAGCAGCAAGAAGUCGAGGAUUUUGUGGCCAGUCAUCGUUUAAAGCGUUUGCAGUUCAAUUUUCAGGGACGCGUGUGCUGCACGCAACGCAACAGCGACAACAACAGCAACAACAACAGCAGCAACAACAAUAGUAACAGCAACGGAGGCAGCAGCAACUGCUAUAGUAAUCAUAGUGGCAGCAUUUGUGACGCUGAAGUUGAUUGUGUAAAGGCAUCCUUGAGGGAACAACAACAACAGCAACAACAACUAAAUGCCAAUACGGCGGCGACAUUCCAACAACAAACAAUAAGCACAACAAAGAAACUACCCCCAACCGUAGCAGAAGGAGCAAAUUCAGAAUCAGCGCCCACCCAUAACCCAACCCCAACCCACGCUAAGGACAAUAAAAUAGUUGAAGUUGAAGGCGCCAGCAGUGAGACGAUAGACGGGGAGGUGCAUGUGGCAGGGGAACUAAGGCCACUAAGGUCGUUGUCGGCCGUAGAAAGCUCAAGUGCAAUUCAAUUAAAUGUAAAUUGUAUUCAAGCCUUAGACGAGCAUGAAAUUUUUGCAAAUGAAAGAAAAACUGCCAUUACCAGCAGACGAACAGCUGAAAAGUUGCUGAAUACGUUCGGAACGUUAGAGCGUCUGCGCAUAGAGAGUAGUGAGCAGACGACAGCAGCGAUUGAAAGCGAGCAUUUGAAAGCGAUUGAAAGCGGGUGGCAAACAGCUGGGAAUAGGAGUGACCAGGACGACGAGGCGGUGGGCGAGCAGCCAGACGAGGAGGUUGGCAUUAAAAGCGCAUUUGUGCCGACACAGGUCAAAAGGCAGCCACGCGACUCCAACGCUAACAACUUUAACGUUAGCGUUCAAAACAACAACAACCACAACAACAACAAGAACCGCAGCAACAACAGCAGUGACGAUUUUGUGGCCACACUCAGCGAGUUCGAUGUGCAGCGUUUUAGCGAGUAUCUGAAGGCGGCGCGCCAACUGCGUCUGGACAUUAACCACAAUCAGACCGCAUCGCUGCACAAACGCUUUCAGUGCUACGACGAGCUACUAGCCGAGUUUGUUAGCGAGCAACAGGAUAGCAGUCCCAGCGAGGAUAACGAUAGCAGCAGCAACAGCAACAGUAACAGCAGCGUCUGUCAGUGCCAUGCCUGUCGUUUAGACAGCGAAGAGAACAACAUCGACAACAUCGACAACAUCUGCAACAUAAGCGCCUCUUACCAAAGCAAUUCUUUAGCUUGCCCCUACACGCGUUUACCCCUAGACGGUCUAACCAUGCGCGAGGUCAAUGGACAGUUGCGUGGUCUACUCAAGAAACCAAAUCGACCGCCCCCGGCGAGAAAAAAUCGCGUCGUCUUCGAUGAGACACGCAAUGAGUUUUUCGAGGCCGAUUAUAUCAUAUUGAUACGUGAGGAUUGUGCCUACGAUGAGGAGGAUGAGGAGCCCUGCACCUGCGGUGAGCACGAGCUGGUGCGUCUCUGUUGCGAGGAGGGCUGCCAAUGUAACUAUGCGGUGAAUGCUGGCGAACCGGGCGACGGACGAACGCCACAGAGUCCCAAAUAUCAGCCGCCAAUUGACUUUGUGGACGAUGCCGCGCUCAGUCCGCCCGAUGGCUAUAAGGAUAGCAGUCUAAAGAACACGCUCGGCGGUGCAUUGAGUGGCCACAUUUUUGGUGCACAGCAUCUGCAACAGCUGCAGGUGAUACAGCGGUUGCAGCAACAACGAGCGGCCAUGUUGGCCGCGCGCAAUAAUAGCCAAAUACCGCCACCGCCCCCGCCAGUGGGCAGUGCACAGCACCAGCAGCAGCAGCAGCAGCAGCAACAGCAGCAACAGCAGCAACAACAGCAGCAGCAGCAACAACAACAUAACACGGGUGGCGGUGGACCACAACAGCCUGUCGAGGACCUGCAGGGCGUUUGCACGGAAUGUGCCGAGUGUGCCGAGUGCGCAGCCAAGCAGCUACAGGAAGCAGAAUGCACCUCACCACAAUGCCAAGAGGAGCUCGCACCGCUUGGGGUCCCGGCUGUUGCACUGUUGCCGUUGCACACCAGUUCACCGGAACGUCGGAUCACCCAGAAGGAGAUCAUUGCCGGCGAGGAGCGGCCCAAGUAUGUGCUGCAGUCGCAGUACAAACCAGCCACGGCUACAGUGACCGAGCGGCGUAUCAUACGGGAGGCGCAUGAGGAUGUGGCAGUUGGAGGAGUGGCUGCCGCUGCCGCUGCCGCUGGUGCUGGCACCGGAGAGAUUCUGCCACCGGCAUUACCAGCUAAGGCAGGUGCUGUGGCUGCAGCUGCCGCAGCCGCUUCAGUCAGCGACAACUAUGAUGAGCAAAAGCCGCCACCUAUACCGCCAAAGGAAACAUCACCAACCCAAAUCAGUGGCAUACUAAAGGGUGGCAAGCUGUGGAAACAGGACUCAAUUUCCCAGCAAUCUGAUGAUCAAAAUAACACGACCUCGGAGGAUGAAAGUGGCACUACAAAGCGCUCUGUCCGUUUCGUCACCGAGGACCAGGCGAAUGCUGCCGGUGAUGGUGAUACCCAUUCACAGGGCGGCGAAAUGGACGACAGCGAGAAUCAAAUCAACGAGCUGAUACCCAUCAAGAAACACUCCACGCUGUUCAACAAUGCCUUGCGACCCAAUUCGGCGGUUCGUCAACUCUUUCCCAGCGUGUCCGCGCAUCAGGCACCCGUGCUGACAUCUGAGGCCUUGCGUGCCUUUGAUGAGUCCAAGCGCGCCGGCUGCCUGGUCACUCAUUUGCCCGGCAGCUGUGGAGACUCGGAUACGCUGCGACGCAGUAUGGAGCGCAACAUUCUCCGCCGUUCGCUGAUCAAGAAAAAGGCCGUUAAGUCGGACAUUUCGCUGGAGGAGCGAAUCAAGCAGCUGACCUGCGAUAUUGAUGAGGAUCUAGUCGAGGAGCUGUCACGAGCAGAAGAGGAGCAGGAGAAUGCCGAUCGCGGCCUUGUUGGGGCCGGAGAGUGUGCGGAGUUGGCACAGCGCGAUAGCCCUGCUGGCGAGGAGAAUCCACAGAAGUUCUUGAACGGCGAGAAGAGCUUUUCCCCCAGCUCGUCUGUGUCAAGCUCAUCCAGUGGAUCUUCGGCUUACAAGAAAAUUGCUGACAUUUUCAAUAGGGAAAAGAAGCAGGAGAAAAUACUGGAGCUGGAAGAGAAUCCCAUAGUCAUCAUACCACAGGAGUGCCGCUGUCCCGCUGCCCCCGAUCUGGGUAUGGGAAUCCAGGUGCCUGUUGUGCAUACACAAAUCCAUCGCACACCUCCACGUCAAGCGGAGCCGAAGCGUCAGUUCCUUUCAACACUGGCGCCACUGACAGCCUGCGUGGCUGGCAACAAGGACGAUCUGUCCUCGUACUAUACGCUGGCUGCAGCAGCCGCUGCUCACCAGCAUGGCCAUGCAGCCCACUACGCGGCUGCUGCUGCUGACUUCAAUAUGAGCCAACUCCUGAGUGCAGGGGACCAGCAGGCGGCAGCUGCUGCCCAACAUGCCGCCGCGCUAGCCGCACAAGGAUUAGCCGGCUUGACCAUAGGUGCUGCAGGCGGCGCCGAUGAGGCGCGUAAAGUGGCACCGGAUGUCAUUGCCGGGACGCCGGGGCAGGAGAUGCAGCAGGACGAAUUGGCAGCCUUCGCGCAAUCCGAGGCCAAGCGAACGGAGCAGCUGAAGAAACGCUACACGGCAGCUGAUCAUUCGCAGGCCAGCAGCGACGAUGACGAGCAGAACGACUAUGGCUUUAACAAACGACCUUCAGUGCGGGGCAUCAAGCCGAAGUUUAGCUCGACCAACGAGAUUUUGGCACAGAUGCAGGAGCAGUUGAGCGCACAGAUACCGACCACAGUGGUAAAUAGUCAGCCCGUGCCACAGGCAGUUAAAAGUUAUGCUGUGCCCAACCAGCCCAAGAGUCAAAUAUCACAGAAUCCCUCGCCCCAAAACGUGCCGCAGCAAUCCCAACAACAACAACAACAACAGCAGCAACAACAACAACAGCAACAACAACAGCAGCAGCAGCAGGUGCAGGCACAGGCACAGGCUCAACAGCAACAGCAGCAGCAGUUGCAACAGCAAAUGGCAGCUGCCGCCGCCGCCGCGGCGAUGCAAGCCAACACCAUUGCCCAACAGAAGACGGAGCAGCGCACGUGGAGCUUCUACAGCGAGUCUGGGGAGCAGCAGCGUUUCCCAGUCGACGGAGCUGCUGCAGCCGCGGCCAUACAGCAAACCUACUAUCAGACGCUGCCCGCAGGCGCAAUGUUUCGCCAGACCAUGAUACAACAUGCGGGGGGCGGCGGCGUUGGCGUCGGGGCCGGUGGAGGUGUGGCUGAUGAGUCGCUACUGUAUGCAACGGCAACGGCGCAGAACUGCCAGAGUGUGACAGCCACGGCCAUCGAACAGAAGCAGCACAGCUAUAGUCACUUUGCGCGCAGUCCCACGCGUCGGCCAGAGUCGCCGCCACCGUUGCGGAACUAUCACCAGACUAUGGUGCUCAUACCGUAUAAUGCGGAGACCUAUUCACAGUUUGCCACCACAAGUAGCGUGGAUCCGAAGGUGGCCCACAUCCAGCGCCAAAAUAUACUCGAGUAUCAGCAGGUCACACAGCAGACGAUACGCGUACCGAUUGGCUAUGCGCUGCCCGGCAUGCAACUGCACGUGGUCUCCGGUCGCGGUCAUGCCACUCACUAUGGGCAACAUCCGCAUCCACACGGCAAUCAGCAGCGCAUGAUGCCGCAGCACUAUCAGUUUACGGCCGAGGGUGCUGCAGCGGCCGGCAUUCCGGGCUUUAGUGAGCGCGGCGUGCCAGAGGGUGCGGCUGCUGUCUCGCAUACCGAUUGCAAUGCCAUGGUUUCGCCUACGGCUGGCGUCAGCCAACAACAACAGCAGCACCAGCCAACGCAGCAGCAGCAGCAGCAGCAACAACAACAGCAGCAGCAGCUUCAACAGCAGCAGCAGCAGCAACAGCUUCAGCAACAGCAGCAGCAACAGCUUCAGCAGCAACAGCAACAGCUCCAGCAGCAGCAGCAGCAGCAGCAACAACAACAGCCCGCUGGCACCGUUGCCGCCGCCGCCCAGGGUUCGGUCUAUUAUGCGAUGAACGUAUGACCCGCACUGGAAUAGUCGCUGCCUGCGGCGGUCAUUGUCGAGCGCCGCCAGUGUCAACGCGUCGAGUUGUCAGCGACUUCAGUGCAUUUGGGGGGCGCCGGUGGCGGCGUCAACCAGUUGUAGUUAGUUGGCCCGUUCUGGCCAAUUUCCUCCCCGCCCGGCUGAGUUUCGUUGCCAUUGAGUUGAGUUGACCGUAGCGUGCGUUUUCAAGUUUGUUUUCCAUUUCCAUUUUGAUCUUGCUCUUUAGCUCUAUGUGUGGGUGUCUAUCUCUGUAGGCACAUACAAGUAUAUGCGAGUACGUAUAUAGUAUCUAUGCAUGUUUUGUAUGUAUGUAUGUAUAUGUGUCGGUGUAUGUGUGUGUGAGUGUGUGUGCGUGUGCGUGUUUUAUAUCUAUGUUCUUUUUUUUUCAUCUUACACCUAGCCAAAUAUAAGAUCCAACACACAUUCGCGUAUUGUUUUGCCAUGUGCCGCCCCAAAAAAGCAUGCUAAGUCAUCAUAGUUUUCACAGUGUUCGUGGCCUUAGGAUGAAAGUCUUAAGAAGGGCAGAACCAGUAACACCAGUAUCAGCAACAGCAACAACAACAACAACAACAACAAUAACAAGAGACAUACGCGUUUUCCAUAAGCUUAAGCUCUGUAAACUAAAGGUACGGCAUGUAUGUAUUAUACUAGGCGGCAAAGCACGUUAACUAUUUAAUCGAACUAGAGCAAAGUAUAGUGUAGUAACACAUACUUAUAUACAGAUAGAUAUGAAUACUUUGCAUAAAUACUCGUCGUAUAUGAUAAAUAUACUCACUCGUAUACAUAUAUAUUUAUGAAUUUCAUGAUUUCUUCAAUGAAAAUUAAUCAAUAUUUUACGCAAAAUGCCACGAUGUAAGGCAAAAUCCACCAUUCAGUUAAGAUAUAGCAUUAUGCUUGUUACCAUUUCUUUUUUUUUUCCAUCAGUCUUAAGUUUAAAACCAACUGAAGAGAAUUUAUUUGAAGCAUAUUUACGUGCUGGGUGCUAAAGAAUGCAACAAAGAAAUACUUUAAAAUG